AUGGCCAAGAUCAUUUCCUUUUCCCUUCUGGCCGUCGCCAUCGGCAUGGUCGCUGCUGCGCCAUCCGCUAUCAAGCAAGUCAGCGACACUGACGGUGUCGACCUCAAGAAUGUCGGCAUCUUUGCCGACGUACUCAAGCGCGAUCCUCACUACGGCGGUAGCGUCACUCAGAUCAACGACGACGAUCUCGUCGAUGCCAAGGGCCUCAAGAUCCUCGCCGAUGUCCUCAAGCGCGAGCCACACCUUCCCUCGGUCAAGCAAAUCAACGACGACGACCUUGUCGACGCCAAGGGCCUCAAGAUCCUCGCCGAUGUCCUCAAGCGUGACCCUAACUACGGUGGUCGUAUCACCCAGAUCAACGAUGAUGACCUCGUCGACGCCAAGGGCCUCAAGAUCCUGGCCGACAUUCUCAAGCGCGACCCUCACUGGGGUGGCAGCGUUACUCAGAUCAACGAUGAUGAUCUCGUCGACGCCAAAGGUCUGGGUAUCUUUGCCGACAUUCUUAAGCGCGAGCCUCACCGUCACCGUCAUCGCAAGCAAAAGGGUGUCACCCAGAUCAACGACGAUGACCUUGUCGACGCCAAGGGUCUCACCGUGGGCCUCGACAUCCUGAAGCGCAACCUCCCAAGCGUCAAGCAAGUCAAUGACAACGACCUGGUCGAUGCCAAGGGACUGCUCGUCGGCCUCGAUGUUCUCAAGCGCGAGCCAAACCUCCCCAAGGUCAAGCAGGUGAACGACAACGACGGCGUUGAUCUCAAGGAUGUACUGGUGGGUCUCGAUGUGCUCAAGCGCGAGCCCAAUCUCCCCAAGGUCAAGCAGGUCAACGACAACGACCUCGUCGAUCUCAAGGAUGUUCUCGUCGGUCUCGACGUGCUCAAGCGCGACCCUCACUCCGGCCGUAUCACUCAAGUCAACGACGAUGAUCUCGUGGAUGCCAAGGGCUUGACUGUGCUUGCCGACAUUCUGCGCCGCUCGGGUUACGAGGUGUACAAGAACGAGGAGAGCCAGAUCACUCGCCGCUCCGACGACGAUGGCCUCUUCUACCGCCGUGACCGUGGAGACGAGCGAUGCAUGUGUGUGAAGAAGACGACCUGCGGCAGCUCUGGCCCUGCUCCUGCGCCUCAGCCCAAGCCCAGCACCAAGCCUCACUCUUACAAGGCUCAGCCCACUCCCGUCACCCACACCCACACUCGUCACCACACCCACCGUCCCACCACCACCUCGACCAAGACCAAGAGCUGGACUAAGACGCGCACUCACAACCAAGCACCUACGCCCACUCACACCGCGACGCAUCACAAGAGCCCCAAGUGCCCAUCUGGAUGGGGAUCUGUCACUCAAGUCAACGACAACGACCUCAUUGACUUGAAGGACGUCAGCGUUGUGAUCAGCAUCCUCGGCGACGACGACAAGUUCACCAAGGCAGAGACUGCUCCCGCCAAGGACGCCAAGUCUCACUGCCCUGCUGGCCGUCAUUGCUGCGCCAAGUCGGUCAAGCAGAUCAACGACAACGACUUGAUCGAUCUCAAGGGCACCAGCAUCAACAUUGACUUGCUCAGCGGUCUUGGUGACGCCCUCAUUAGCAAGGAUGACAACAAGGGCGGACUCCUCGGCCACGGAGGCUUGCUCGGAACUGGAAUUUUGUAG